CUGGACAUGAAUGGGAUGGCAUCGGAUAACAACGCUUCCUCCCAGGAAGAAUACCUCCCACACUAUCUCCAGAAGGAAGACCCCUUUGCAUCAAAGCUUUCUAGAGAAGCUGACAUUGUAGCUGGGUUUUAUUUGACAGUAAUUGGGAUUCUUUCAACUCUGGGAAACGGGUAUGUUAUUUUUAUGUCCUCAAAGCGAAAAAAGAAGUUGAGACCUGCUGAGAUAAUGACUGUUAAUUUAGCAGUGUGUGAUCUGGGCAUUUCAGUUGUAGGAAAACCCUUUAGCAUCAUUUCCUUCUUUUCUCACCGCUGGGUGUUUGGAUGGAUGGGCUGUCGCUGGUAUGGAUGGGCUGGUUUCUUCUUUGGCUGUGGGAGCCUGAUUACUAUGACAGCUGUCAGCCUGGAUAGAUACCUAAAAAUCUGCCACUUGUCUUAUGGUACCUGGCUUAAGAGACAUCAUGCAUUUAUCUGUCUGGCAAUAAUCUGGGCCUAUGCUACGUUCUGGGCUACGGUGCCUUUUGCUGGUGUGGGGAACUAUGCCCCUGAGCCGUUUGGGACCUCCUGCACUCUGGACUGGUGGCUGGCGCAGGCUUCGGUGGCUGGCCAGGCUUUUAUUCUGAGUAUUCUUUUCUUUUGCCUCUUGUUCCCAACUGCAGUCAUUGUGUUUUCCUAUGUCAAAAUAAUUUUAAAAGUCAAAUCGUCUACCAAAGAAGUUGCUCACUACGAUACCAGGAUUCAGAACAGCCACACACUUGAAAUGAAGCUGACCAAGGUGGCAAUGUUGAUCUGUGCAGGGUUCCUCAUUGCCUGGAUCCCUUACGCUGUGGUCUCUGUGUGGUCAGCCUUUGGACAGCAGGAUUCCGUUCCCAUUCAGUUUUCAGUGGUACCAACUUUGCUUGCAAAGUCAGCAGCCAUGUACAACCCAAUUAUUUACCAGGUCAUAGACUGUAAGUUUGCCUGUUGCCGGUCAGGUGGAUUGAAGAUGCUGCAGAAGAAGAGCUCUUUGAAGAAAUCAAGGACGUACACCAUAUCUGCACACAGGGACUCGACGGCGAUGAAUGAAACGCAGCUAGAAGUAUGAAGGCUCAUUUCACAUACAGCAAAUGAAAACCUGAUGACAAACGAUCGUGCUGUCUCAAGUUCCUCUUUCUGUAAAUAAAUUAAAACAUGAUGACAGUUUUAGUUUACUCCCCUGUCCUAUGUACAAUAUAGUUCUUUCCAUCCUGACUAAAAUAGUGCGAUUAGAG